CAGCCAGCCGCUACGUAGUUUUCGAGAAGGGGAUGCUACUUGUCAGGAAGUCUUAGCAAGAGUCUAGUGUCCGUAUCUUCGAAACUUCUCAAAUCAUCCCCAAAAGAAACCCGACCUUGCCAAUACCAGGUUGUUUUCCUACGCAGUUUUCCUUCAAAUUUCCGAUGAGCUAUUUAAAAAAAACAACCUUGUGAGAGAGGAGCUUAAACUUUAGACGGAGCGUCAAAUGUACUAAACGAAACGGAAGUAACCUGCCAGCUGUCUGGCUAAGCUUGCUAGCGUCUGUAUGCCCUCUCUGUGGUGAUGGAGUUGAGAAGGCUUCUCUGUGGGAUAAUGGGGAGACCCAGGCCUCAACUCCCUACUUCUCCAUCUGCCUCUAGGGGCUUGGAGAUCCACUUUUACUUACAAGACGUGCAUCAGUUGGAGUUCUUCAAUGGUUGCUACACUGCCGAGGAGCUUUGUGUGGAGGCUGCCAAGAAAUGCUCAAUUUCUCCUUUGUGCUAUAAUCUAUUUGCCCUCUACAAUGAGACGACAGGCAUGUGGUGCCCUCCUAACGAUGAGUUCAAGAUCACAGAUGAGACCAGGCUUAAGUUACAUUAUCGUAUGAGAUUUUAUUUCCGAAAUUGGCAUGGUACCACUGAAGGUGAAUCUCCAGUUUGGAGGCACUGCAUCAGUAAACUAAAAGGAGGUCUUAACCAGCAGAAAACGCCUGAAGGAACACCACUACUGGAUGCUGCAUCUCUUCGCUACCUGUUUUACCAGGGACAACAUGAUUUUCAGAUCGGUAUGGUACCUUUGCGAGCAUGUCAAUCCGAGGCAGAGCAGCAUGAGACAGAAAACGAAUGUUUGGGAAUGGCUGUGCUCGCCAUCACGCACCAUUCAAUGAGUAUGGGAAUGCCUCUGCCCUUGGCUACGCAAGAAAUCAACUUCAAAAAUUUCAUCCCAGAGGCGCUGAACUGCAAUAUAAAGCAGCGCAACAUUUUGACCCGCAUCCGCAUCAAUAAUGUCUUCAAGAAAUUCCUCAAUGAAUUCAACAACAGGACAGUCAAGGGCAGCAACAUUACACUGUACGACCUAAAGAUCAAGUACCUGGCAACUCUGGAGAGCCUGACCAAUGGCCUGGGUAGUGAGCUUGUGGAACCCAUUUCGCUUAGUGUCACAAGGGAAGUGGGUGUCGUGAAUGGAAGUAAUUAUGUUGGUUACUACAACCAGAUGCAAGGACAGAGCCCAAGUCAGAGCGUGGAUACGUGGCGUGACAUACAAGUCCGAGUGACUGGCACAACAGGCAUUUCCUGGAGGAAGAAGUCCUCUAUAGUGCCAGUUAUAUCCAAAGACAAGGGCAAGUCAAAGAAGAACAAGAUGAAUGGGAAAGUGAGAACAAAAGAUGCUGAUGAAGGCUGGGAGAGGUUCUGUGACUUUCAUGAGAUCAUGCACGCUGCCAUCAAGGAGUCAAUAGUCACAAUUCACAGACAAGAUCACAAGAAAAUGGAGUUGCAUAUGAAAUCUCGGACUGAGGCGUUGUCCUUUGCAGCCCUUGUGGAUGGAUACUUCAGGUUGACAGUGGAUGCUCACCACUACCUGUGCAGGGAAGUGGCUCCUUCUUCAGUGGUGCACAACAUCACUUACGGCUGCCACGGUCCUAUCUGUACGGAGUAUGCCGUGCAAAAGCUGCGUCAGGAGGGUAAUGAGGAAGGCAUGUACAUUCUACGCUGGAGCUGCACUGAAUACCAAUACAUCAUCAUCACUGUGGUCUGCAAUGAGGUGAAAAAUGAGAUUGACCUGAAGGAAUCCCGUCCUGUGCGACAUUAUAAGAACUUCCAGAUAGAGGUGACUCCAGAUGAGUUUCGACUGUACGGCACAGAAAUUGUCAGACCCACACUCCGAGAGCUCUUGGAGCACCUGGAGGGUCAGAGUCUUCGCUCUGACAAUCUUCAGUUCCAUCUGCGCCGCUGCUGCCCACCACAACCUCGAGAAAUUUCUAACUUGCUGGUGGUCACUAAAGAUAGAGCACCAGUCCCCAAGACACCCAUGCAGGAGAGCCAGGUCAUUAUCCAUCGCAUUAGCAAGGAGGAAAUUGAACAGGAGGAACACCUCGGACUGGGCACAAGAACUAACAUCUUCUCUGGCACACUGAGAGUAAAUGGCGACGAGGAUGCAGGUUAUGGAUCCUUCCAGGAGUUUAGGGUGGUUCUCAAAGUGCUUGGUUCAGGACACAGAGACUUAUCUCUGGCCUUUUUUGAAACCGCAAGUAUGAUGCGGCAAGUCUCCCAUAAGCAUAUAGUGCUUCUGUAUGGAGUGUGUGUCCGCCAUCUGGAGAAUAUCAUCGUGGAAGAGUUGGUCGAGCAAGGACCACUGGAUCUGUUCAUGAGGAGACAGAUAUGUCCACUUAGCACAUCUUGGAAGUUCCAGGUGGCCAAGCAGCUGGCCUCAGCUCUUAGCUACUUGGAGGACAAAAAGUUGGUCCACGGUUUUGUGUGUGCCAAGAACAUCCUGCUGGCGAGAGAUGGACUGGAAGCUGAUGAAGAAGGGCCCUUCAUCAAGCUCAGUGACUCAGGAAUACCAAUCACAGUGCUCACUAGAGAGGAGUGUGUGAAUCGCAUCCCCUGGAUUGCUCCAGAGUGUGUGAAGAAUGUAUCUUCCCUGAGUGUUGCAGCUGACAAGUGGGGCUUUGGGACCACUCUGUGGGAGAUCUGUUAUGAUGGAGAGGUCCCCCUCAUGGAAAAGAAGCUCACAGAGAAGGAGAGGUUUUAUGAAACAGAAUGCCAGCUGGCUACUCCUGACUACAGAGAGUUGGCUGAGCUGAUGAUCCACUGCAUGAACUAUGACCCAAAGAAGAGACCUUUUUUCAGGGCUAUCGUGAGAGACAUUGACAAACUGGAGGAAAAAAAUCCAGCUAUCAAACCACAGCCUACACCUGAAGUGGACCCAACUGUAUUUGAGAGGAGAUUCCUGAGAAAUAUCAGAGAACUGGGAGAGGGCCACUUUGGGAAGGUGGGCCUUUGUCGUUACGAUCCUCGAGGAGAUCGCACAGGUGAAUUAGUGGCGGUCAAGUCACUGAAGCCUGAGAGUGGACAGGAGAACGGGAACAACCUCUCUAGUGAAAUUAAUAUACUGAAAGCACUGUACCAUGAAAACAUUGUCAAGUAUAAAGGCAUUUGCUUGGAGGAAGGUGGUCAGGCCACAAAGCUGAUCAUGGAGUUCCUUCCUUUGGGCAGUUUGAAGGAUUAUCUGCCCGGCAACAAAAGCAAGACCAGUCUUAGCACUCUGCUCAGCUACUCCACCCAAAUAUGCCGGGGAAUGGAUUAUCUGGGAUCUAAAAACUACAUCCACCGAGACCUGGCUGCCCGAAACGUGCUGGUGGAGAAUGAGAGGACGGUGAAGAUAGGCGACUUCGGUCUGACCAAGAGCAUUAAGGACAAUGAAGUGUAUUACACUGCCAAGGAUGACCAUGUCAGCCCUGUUUUCUGGUAUGCUCCGGAGUGCCUGACUCUCUGCAAGUUCUACUUUGCCUCAGACGUCUGGUCGUUCGGGGUGACAAUGUACGAGCUCAUCACCUACUGUGACCCCCUCAAGAAUCCAAUGGAGAUGUUCUCCAGGUUAAUGGGUAAAUGCCAAGGUCAGACGACCAUCAUUCUCUUGGUAAACGUGUUGGCCGAGGGGAAGAGGCUUCCACGUCCUGACGGCUGUCCUGAACCUGUGUACAACCUGAUGCGUAAAUGCUGGGAACAAGCGCCCGAGAAGAGAAUCACCUUCAAGCAGCUCAUUGAUGAGCUGACCAUCAUGCAGCAGCUCAGCCCUCAAAAUGACUUUUAAACGGCAGAUCAGCGUCUUCAUUGUGCUUGGACACUCGGCCGUGCUACUAACCAAUACUGGCUUCAAGCUGCUUUAGUAAGUGGCGUACUUUUCUCCUAUGUUUGCAUUUAUGAUAAUCGAUGCUGCUUAAUAUUCAUGUUACUGCAUAUUACACACGAGACCUUAUGGAGUCUCACCUAGUAGUUCAGGCUAUAUUACUACUACAGGCAUGUUAAGACAUAAUUAGUAGUGCCACUCUUUUCUUGCAGAGAACAUUUCUCAAAUGAGCACUUUUUCGGAACUUGAGUUAGUUUAAGGAUCCCAUGUUCAGAAGGGUCGUUUUAUCGCGUUCGCUAUUAAGUGGCAGGCGAUAACGACAUUGAAAACAAUUAAAAUAAAUUUCCUCUGCGAAUUUUACACUUUUAGGUCCAAUGACAAGAUGGCAAAGUAUUUUUUGUUGACUGAAAACAAGACCGAUGUGUCGCACCUUAAUGUUUAUUUACGUGGCAUUUCAUUUGAAAUGUGUUUUAACAAGUUAUUUUACUUGUAUAACCAUUUUUUACUUUAGUGUGUAUAUAUUUUUUGUCUGAAAUAUGAUCUAAUUGGUUCCAAUGUGACAAAAGAUAAGUAGGACAAACUUGAGUCGACAUUUUAAUUAGGAAUGUAAAAGACAAUUCCUUCUGCUAAAAAAAGACAACAGAGUCAUUUAAGGUGAAACAAUCCAUAAUUAUACAAUGAAAACUAAAUAAAAUCAGUGUCUUCUUCCUA